GCCGCCGCUCAGUUCUCGCGCCUCCGCCUCCGCCUCCGCCGCGGCUCGUGGUCGUCCCGCCAUGGCACUGUCGCGGGGGCUGCCCCGGGAGCUGGCCGAGGCCGUGGCCGGGGGCCGGGUGCUGGUGGUGGGCGCGGGCGGCAUCGGCUGCGAGCUCCUCAAGAACCUCGUGCUCACCGGCUUCUCUCACAUCGACCUGAUUGAUCUGGAUACUAUCGAUGUCAGCAACCUCAACAGGCAAUUUUUGUUUCAAAAGAAACAUGUUGGAAGAUCAAAGGCCCAGGUUGCCAAAGAAAGUGUACUGCAGUUUUACCCGAAAGCUAAUAUCAUAGCCUAUCAUGACAGCAUCAUGAACCCUGACUAUAAUGUGGAAUUUUUUCGACAAUUUAUAUUGGUUAUGAAUGCUUUAGAUAACAGAGCUGCUCGCAACCAUGUUAAUAGGAUGUGCCUGGCAGCUGAUGUUCCUCUUAUUGAGAGUGGAACUGCUGGUUACCUUGGGCAAGUAACUACCAUCAAAAAGGGUGUAACUGAGUGUUACGAAUGUCAUCCCAAACCAACCCAGAGAACUUUUCCUGGCUGUACAAUUCGUAACACACCAUCAGAACCUAUUCAUUGCAUCGUUUGGGCAAAGUAUUUGUUCAACCAGUUGUUUGGGGAAGAAGAUGCUGAUCAAGAAGUAUCCCCUGACAGAGCUGACCCUGAAGCUUCCUGGGAACCAAUGGAAGCUGAAGCCAGAGCCAGAGCAUCUAAUGAAGAUGGUGACAUUAAACGUAUUUCCACUAAGGAAUGGGCUAAAUCAACUGGAUAUGAUCCAGUUAAACUUUUUACCAAGCUUUUUAAAGAUGAUAUCCGGUAUCUGUUGACAAUGGAUAAACUGUGGCGGAAAAGGAAACCUCCAGUUCCAUUGGAUUGGGCUGAAGUACAAAGUCAAGGCGAAGAAACCAAUGCAUCAGAUCAACAAAAUGAACCCCAGUUAGGUCUGAAAGACCAGCAGGUUCUAGAUGUAAAGAGCUAUGCCUGUCUUUUUUCAAAGAGCAUUGAGACUUUGAGAGUUCAUUUAGCAGAAAAAGGGGAUGGAGCUGAGCUCAUAUGGGACAAGGAUGAUCCAUCUGCAAUGGAUUUUGUCACCUCCGCUGCGAACCUCAGGAUGCAUAUUUUCAGUAUGAAUAUGAAGAGCAGAUUUGAUAUAAAAUCAAUGGCAGGGAACAUUAUUCCUGCUAUCGCUACUACUAAUGCAGUGAUUGCUGGGUUAAUAGUAUUGGAAGGAUUGAAGAUUUUAUCAGGAAAAAUAGACCAGUGUAGAACGAUUUUUUUGAAUAAACAGCCAAACCCAAGAAAGAAGCUUCUUGUGCCUUGUGCACUGGAUCGUCCAAACCCUAAUUGUUACGUAUGUGCCAGCAAGCCAGAGGUGACUGUUCGACUGAAUGUCCACAAAGUGACUGUUCUCACAUUACAGGAUAAGAUAGUGAAAGAAAAAUUUGCUAUGGUAGCACCAGAUGUCCAAAUUGAAGAUGGGAAAGGAACAAUCCUAAUAUCUUCAGAAGAGGGAGAGACAGAAGCUAAUAAUCACAAAAAGCUGUCAGAAUUUGGAAUUAGAAAUGGGAGCCGGCUUCAAGCAGAUGACUUCCUUCAGGACUACACUUUAUUGAUCAACAUCCUUCAUAGUGAGGACCUAGGGAAGGAUAUUGAAUUUGAAGUUGUUGGUGAUGCCCCAGAAAAAGUGGGGCCCAAACAAGCUGAAGAUGCUGCCAAAAGCAUAACUAAUGGCAGUGACGAUGGAGCUCAGCCUUCCACGUCCACUGCACAAGAGCAAGAUGAUGUGCUCAUAGUUGAUUCAGAUGAAGAAGGUCCUUCAAAUAAUGCUGACAUCAAUGAAGAAGAGAGAAGUCGCAAGAGGAAAUUAGAUGAGAAAGAGAAUAUCAGUGCAAAGAGGUCCCGCACAGAACACACAGAAGAGCUUGAUGAUGUGAUAGCAUUAGAUUGAACAGCUGCCUCUAAACAGGACCCUCUUACUGCAGUAGGUCAUCUGGGCAGAACCAGGUUAUUUGUUACGUACUUUGUUCCAAAGGGAAAAAAUUGACACCAGUGACUCGAAGAUGAUUCUGCUCCUUUGGAAAGCUUUCAUUUUGCUAGAACAAUUAGAAACAUUGCGGUAUGCGGUAUUGAAAGUAGGAAUAUAGUUUUAAAGCCCUUUGAACAAAGUGUGUGCAUAACCAGUCAUGAGAUGAAACAACACAAUGCAUGUUGCCUUUUUAAUGUAAAUACCCUUAGGUAUCAUUUAACAGUUUUAAAAUAUUGUGGUUUAGUAAAGUUGAUACCUGGUUAUAAAUAUUAUGCCUUUAUUUUUGGUUAGAAGAAGAAUUAUUUUUAGCCUAGAUCUAACCAUUUUUCAUACUCUUAACUGACUGAAACAGAUUCAAAGAAGUAUCAAGUGCUAUGCAUUGAAACGUGUUUUUAAAUGUUACCUGGCACUAUGUAUAUUAAUGUAAAACAAUGUUAAUUUACUCAAGUUUUCAGCUUGUACUGCCUGGUGUGUCUGUGUAAGAAGCCAAUUUUGUGUAUUGUUACAGUUUCAGGUUAUUUAUAUUUGAUGUUUUGUAGAACUCAAAUACAACUAUACUGUACUUAUGGACCAAAUAAAUGGCAUCUGCAUACUUGUUA